CUCCCCGACCGCAAACGAGCCUUAUACUCGUCAAAAUGGCUGCCAUUUCCUCCGCUGCUUCCGUGUUCACCGGCAAGGCCCUCGUCCAGGCGAAGACCGCCCCCAAGGCCAAGGCGUCCGUCGCCGUGACCGCCUCCGCCGAUGCCCGCAAGGCUGCCUCCCUCCUCGCGGCCGGUGUCAUCGCUCUCCAGGCCACCCCCGCCAUGGCGCUCAACAUGAUCGAGCUCCAGGACGAGCGCCAGACCAACAAGAACGGUCUCCAGCUCAUCUAUGAGGCCCGUGAUCUCAACAUCACCCAGUCCGUGCGCCAGGACGGCAACUCCCGCUUCUCCUUCCAGAAGCUCACCACUGCCCAGACCGCGACCCGCGCGUCCGAGUCGAUCAAGCGCCUCAACACUGACGUGGGUGAGUACGUCGGCAAGGCCUACUGGACCCAGGCCGCCAACGAGCUCCGCCGCCAGGUUGGUACCCUCCGCUUCGACAUGAACAACCUCGUUGCGGACAAGGGUGGCGACAAGGCUGCGGCCAAGGCUUUCUACGCCUCCAUCGAGAAGCUCGACUUCUCCAUCCGCCAGAAGGACCAGGCUGCCGCCACCGCCGCGCUCGCCUCCGUCCAGGAGCAGGGCAACGCCCUCAUCAAGCAGCUCGCGUAAGCGCCGUUGGGGGGAUAGAACUGCUAACAUAGAGACCAACAAAAACCCAUUUUAAAAUACAGAAAAAGGCGGGCAGAUAUAGCUGCCGGCUGCGAAGUA